AUGUCGGCCAAGAAGGAAUCGAUCAAGGAGAAGGUCAGAAACCAAGCAUCCCAUAGCGGCCAACAACACGAAAGCAUCAAGGUUGGUGAAAUCCCUUACGGAUGUGUCAUCUAA